CAGCAAAGGCAGAACGUGGAAAGCGCGAGCUGAGGAGAGAUCCCCGACGGGCGGAGAAAGGAGCGUUGCGAGGCACCCAGCGGACGGCUCCGAGGAGGAGGUGGACGACGAGACAGCCAGCCAGCCAGCCAGCCAGCCAGCCGAGAGAGCGAGCACACGCACGCACGCACCCCUUCUUUUUUUUCCGGCGUCCCUGGAGCCUCGAUGGCGUCUGCGGCGGUCCAGCUGCUGGGCUUGGCGCUGUCCGUGCUGGGCUGGGCUGGAGCGAUCCUGGUGGCCGCCCUGCCCACGUGGCAGGUCUCGGCUUUAAUCGAGAACCACAUCGUGGUGGCGCAGACCACCUGGGAGGGGCUGUGGAUGGCCUGCGUGGUGCAAAGCACCGGACAGAUGCAGUGCAAAGUCUUCGACUCCAUCCUGGCGCUCAGUCCGCAGGUGCAAGCCGGCCGGACUCUGAUGGUCAUCGGGGUGCUGCUGGGGCUGGUGGCGCUGCUGGUGACGGUGACCGGGGCGCAGUGCACCACCUGCUUGCACGGGUCCAAGAUCAAGGACUGGAUCGCCGGCAUCGGAGGCGCCCUGUUCGUGAUCUGCGGCUUCCUGGUGCUGGUGCCCCCCUCCUGGUUCGCCAACACCAUCAUCAGCAACUUUUACGACCCCAACGUGGAGCCGUCCAAGAAGCGCGAGAUGGGCGCGGCGCUUUACCUAGGCUGGGCGGCCUCUGCGCUUCUGCUCCUGGGCGGCGCGCUCAUCUGCAGCGCCUCUGCCUGGAAGGACGACACCACCUCUUUCCCGGUCAAGUAUUCCGCCCCUCGGCGGCCCGCUGCUCCCGUGUCCAACGGGGAAUACGACAAGAAGAACUAUGUCUGAGAAAGAGGGUCGGGGAGCGCGAGGGCUUGUCCGCAUGAGAGAUUUAGAGCGCCAUCCACCCGUCGCGGGGCCGACUGAGAAGACAGACGCAGCUUUGCAUCGGCCCGGCGGUAGCUGGGAGACCUCCGAAGACGAUCAAUGCAAAAGUUGGCAGGAAAAGGCGAGGGGUGGCUUGUCCUCGGAUGAAAACGAGGAUUCAAGCCCCCCUACCCAUUUUUGUGACUUUAGGAAAAAAUAACUAUGGGGGGGGGAGGAAAACCCACAUCCAGGAUUGCGUUUAGAAUUCUUCUUUGUAUGGAUUUCGUAUUGUACUAGCCCUCACUGAAUGCCUGGCUGCUUUGCUUCUUCAGUGGAAGCUACUAGGGUGUUCUAGCUCUUGGUAACACCUUUCCCACACUUUUGAAGUUAGUUUUUAGAUUGUAGAUAAGUGGAGAGGGGUUCCCCCUUCUCAAUGGGAACCCCAAAUCAGUGGAUGUUUGUUUGGGGGUGGAGGGGGGUGGGAACUCAGCUUUGUCCUCACUGUAAAUGUAAGUGGGGGUGUUCUCAGUCUUGGGUGUAUUAUGCUGAAAUAAUUGGGGGGAUUGUUUUAUUUGUAAUGUGAAGGUGUAAAAGGUGGGUACUUCUAGAGGAGGGUGGGAGUGCGUCUGCACCAGGUUUUAUGGAAUUUUAUUGGGGGGGUGUAUGGAACUUUAUGGAAUUUUAUUGGGGGGUGCACGCACAGAUGUUCUCUCCCAUUUGUAAACUUCCCAUCUUUUCCUAUCAUUACUUUUGUCUUCUCUUCCCCGUCUCUUUUAACACUGGGCAAAAUUUCCGUUAAACAAAAUUAGAAAUAGCUUGGCACCCAGCGUUACGUAGUUAGAUAGCAGUUUCUUGUAUGGUUUCUCCUCAAAUACGCUUGGAAUAAAACUACAGGAUUCCUGUGUUCUUGUUGGUCUUUGCUGGAUCAACUUCCAAGUUAACCGGACUGGGUCAGAGCUAUUAUCAACCAUUAGCAAUUUGUGCUCAGCGCACAGCCUUGUUGAUUUUUGAAUGAUGUAACUAUUAUCCUUAAGUUAAGGGAUAACAAGAUUAAAUUUGGACUGGAAGUUUUGUUGCCAAAUAACCAUUUCAGUAUUGACUUUUUAUUUUUCAUGCUCCAAAUAAAAUCCAUCCCAGUUUUAAAAUGUGGUAGAGAACGAUCCCUUUGUCAAAGUUUCUGAUUUCAGAUUUUGACCUGGUCCUUUUUCCAUUUGCAUCCAUAGCUUUUUGGUUAAGCCUUAAUUCACUUCAGUGGAUUCAGAGCAGGGACAAUAUGCUGGUACUGUAUUUUGUAUUAUUUCACACUGUAACUUAAGCGUCUGUCUUUAUCAACAGUGUUCUCAAAUCAAAGAUCUUGGUAUAUUCUAUAUAU